AUGCGGCUUUUCCGGUGGCUGCUGAAGCAGCCGGUGCCUAAGCAGAUCGAACGCUACUCGCGUUUCUCGCCAUCGCCACUCUCCAUCAAGCAGUUCCUAGACUUCGAUGCCUAUGAAACCGCCAAGAUGCUGUGUGAACAGUAUUACCUGGUAGCUCCAGAGCUGGAAGUCGAAGAAUUCAAUGCCAAAGCUCCAGACAAACCUAUUCAGGUAGUUUAUGUGCCCUCACACCUGUUUCACAUGCUAUUUGAGUUGUUCAAGAACUCAAUGAGAGCGACAGUUGAACUAUAUGAAGACAGAAAAGAAGCCUACCCGUCUGUUAAAACCCUUGUUACUCUGGGUAAAGAAGACUUGUCCAUUAAGAUAAGUGACCUAGGUGGUGGUGUCCCACUUCGAAAAAUAGACCGUCUUUUUAACUACAUGUAUUCAACUGCUCCUAGACCUAGCCUGGAGCCUACAAGAGCCGCCCCUCUGGCUGGAUUUGGUUAUGGCUUGCCAAUUUCUCGUUUGUAUGCUAGAUAUUUCCAAGGAGAUCUAAAACUCUAUUCCAUGGAAGGAGUCGGGACUGAUGCUGUCAUUUAUUUAAAGGCACUUUCAAGUGAAUCAUUUGAGAGACUUCCGGUUUUUAAUAAGUCUGCGUGGCGUCAUUACAAGACCACACCCGAAGCUGAUGACUGGAGCAAUCCCAGCAGAGAACCUAGGGAUGCCUCAAAAUACAAGGCGAAACAGGACAAGGUCAAGACUAAUAGAACUUUCUAGAGAACUGAAUGCUCAUGUCCUCUCUGAGAAGAAAGAUUGUCUUCCACAAGUCAACCGGAGAGAACUCCUUUCCUCCACCAACUCUGAGCAAGGCACCAUAGUACUCCAGUGCUUGAAUGUGUAAUUUCUCUAUAUGAGCUGGACCUUCUCCACAAAAACCUUCCUAUAGCUGCUCCAGAUCUUCACUAAAGUAGUAACCCGAGCAGUUUUUCCUAGUAUGUUGCUGUGGUUUGGUUGGCGCCUGUCGUAAAACGGCACAGAGCCUCGUUAGCGCUCUGGUGCCCUCAUACCUCCCUCCUCCUCGUCAUAGAGUCGAGUGUCUACAUUCUCCCCAGGAGUCUAAGCUCCUUCCUCAUUCCAGAUACAGCCAGUUUCUGCGGUUGCUCUUUGUGACCAAACACCAUGGUUUUCCAAACCACUGACUAAGGCCUGGGUGAUCUGGAAGUUGAAGACACCAGCAGAGUGUGUCUUGAAUAAUUCAGUCCCGGGGCCCUUCCUCUCUCAUAUGCGUCCUUCCUCACUCUGUGAUUUCAACUUUUGCCUUCUUCCAUCUGAUCGGAGUGAGGUGCGGCAAGUUUCACAUUAGCUCUUACUCUCUGAUGCAUUGAUUUUAUUUUAAAAUUCAUUUGUGUACUUCCAUUCUGUCAAUUAAAGCAUUCCAAAAGUUG